CCCUCCUCGCUAAAACCUCCUAAAUUCUGGAAGAAAAACCCUCUUUCCCGGUGCCAUGGCCCUCCUCGCCGCGGCCCGCCGGGCCUCCUCCCUACCCAGCCUCCGUCGGGCCUCCACGCUUCUCCGCCCCACGUCCUCGUCGGCGAUGGCGAGCAGGUGGAGCUCGUCCUCCUCCCUCGACGCUGCAGUCUCCUCCUUUGAGUCCUCCGGCGCCUCCCUCAUCGCCGCACUGGACUCUUACCGUCAGAGCACCGUGACCGAGGAGUCCGCCCGUACCGUGUUGGGCCCCAUCCGUGCCUUCUUAACCGAGACCGAAUCCCUGAGCGCCACCAUGUUCGACCUUGAGCUCCUCGGCGCCAUCGACUCCGCGAUCAAGUCCCGCAACAACGACGGCCAGGCCCCCACCGAGCUCCAGUGUCUCCUCGCUAAGAUAGAGGAGACUGGGGAUUACUUUCCCUUUGAAAUAUCUGAAAAUAAGUGUCGUUCCAGCAUUACACUUACAAGAACUUUAAAGGGCGAGAAGAUUGAGGUUGUGGCAUCAAAGCCCUGCUUGGACGACGACGACGACGAGAACAACUCCUCAUGCACCUCACAUGAGGAUGUAGAAUCGCCUUCGGCGUCCUCGAACGAGAAUCUAGAAGAAGACGGUGGCCAGAAGAACAAAUUAAGAUCCAGCAUCAACCUAGAGGUCACCAUCUCCAAGGGCGAUGGCUCAAAGCUUGCGUUCACCUGCUUGGCAUAUCCCGACAAUAUCACCAUCCAUUCCAUGUGCAUGUUGUCGCGGACAGAUAAAGAUGAUGUUCAGGCCACAUAUUACGAUUUCGAUAAGCUCGAUGAGAACCUGCAGAAGUCAUUCGUGAAGUAUCUGGACAUGCGCGGGGUCACGCCAACGACGACAAACUUGUUGCGUGUGUACUUGAGCAGCAAGGUCCAGUCCAAGGAUCUGCUGAUGCUGACCAAGCUGCAGGAUUUCGUCAAGAAAGACUGAUCCUCACCAUUCAUAUAAUGUUCAUGAGAAAGGCAACAUGAUCUUAUGACUGUUCAGAAGUGUGCAUGGUUGCUUUUGCUUUAUCUCCUCUAGGAUUGUAAUGCUCGGCCUACAGAAAGUCGAAACCAUUUUAAUUAGGGUGCUUUGUUAUUCGCUAUGUUAUGUGAUUUGCUUAUUCAUA